AUGCACUCGCGUCGACCCGAGACUUUGAAGAUUGACAUCUCAAAGUAUAGGGGGGUCGAAGAAGACUCCCUCUUGAGAUGGUUCGUCGAAUUGGAUGACGCCAUAAGGACGCGUCGCAUCGACGACGGGGAUAUGCAAGUUGCAUUUGCCCAGUCAAAUCUGGCAGGACGUGCCAAGACUUGGGCACUGGGGCUCAAGUUGCACGAUCCAUAUGCGUUUGGGUCGUUGGAAGUCUUCAAGUCGCGGCUCAGACAAACGUUUGAACCGCCUAGAGCUGAGUUCAGGGCUCGAACCGAACUCUUGAAGCUCAAACAGGGUAAGCGUGAUGUGCACGCUUACGCUCAACAUAUGCGACAUCUUACGAGUUGUAUAAGUUCCAAUCCGGUGGAUGAACACACGUUGGUUUCGGUGUUCAUGCAGGGUCUUGCGGAUGGUCCCGUCAAGACUCACCUGUUCCGGCUUGAACUAGAUUCACUAGAACAAGCCAUUUCCAUUGCGGAGCAGGAAGACUUCAGUCUGAGACAGGCUCGCGCCAGCUCGACAUCAUAUCGUCAACCGAGACGAUAUGACAACGGAGGUCCAGAGCCGAUGGAACUCUGUUAUGUAGAGAGCGAGAAGGCUCGCUCUACAGGCUACAAGAAGUUGCAGAGAUGCAACAGAUGUCAAAAGACAGGACACUACGCUUACGAGUGUAGUGCCCCUCGUCCAGUGUAUCGCGACACUGGGCGUAGUGACCGUCCACCCAUGAGAAAGGGGCAGGGACGAGGGUCCGCAGUUGGUGCAAAGACGCAACAACGGGAUGGACCGUCAAAAAACGGACAGGAUCAGUAG